AUGGAGGUUAGGUGGACAUGGGAACUGCCAGUCAUCAGCCCGGCGGUGCCGCCGUCGCUGGUAGUGGAGGUCGGUGCUGACUUCUCGGUGCCGUGUACCGCGUCUGGGAUCCCACCGCCUAGGGUCGUGUGGUUCAGAGCUGACCAGGAUGGUCACUGGCAUGAGCUGGACAAGAAGUCCGCGCUGACGAUGAAGGCGGUGGAUCUGCACGAUGCUGGUCUCUACAUGUGUUCGGCCGUUAAUACUGCAGGCCGUGUAAACUCUACCACGCAAAUCUCUGUCAUUUCCCCGAAGCCGAAGGUUGUAUCGAUGGUUGCGUCAGACGUGGUCGAGGGAGAAGACCUGGUUAUCACGUGCGUGGUGCAAGACUGGGAUGGUUUCGUGGAUUUUGUAUCUGGGAAAAAAGCUCUUCGUCCCGAUGGUGAAAACGGAUCCCGAUAUUCCAUUGAAAAAGUAGCCGUUUCUAAAAGCCUUCAUCAAUCUAUAGAAGGAGAUGAAACCGGCCAACGCACAAAAACUGAUAAUAUCGUAAACUUUCAAGACGAAAUCGCUAGAUCAGCUGACUCUGAAUUAAUGGACUCCGUUCAAAUUGGUGAGGAAGCUGACGCAGCGUCCCAGGUUCGCAGAGCGGGUGACCUGCUUUUCGCGUACACUCUACGGGUGUCGCGCGCCACCGCUCAGGACAACGGCGUGUACACUUGUCACGCUGGGCCAAACGGAGCACAGGCGUCGCUUCCUAUCGUCGUAAAACCGCGCGCGCCAUACGUGGUGGGGACGCGCGGCGCGGUGUUCGUCAAGACCGUCGCUCCGCAGCACCGGAUGCCUCACGACGGCGCCCCUCAUCAGCAACAUGUAGCCGUCAUCUGCAUUCUAGCUAAUGCUAGGAACAAGCAGGUAAAUUUCUACCACAACGGGACUCUCAUCAGCUUCCAUGGCGAACAAAGUCGCUAUGAGAGAAUCUCCUUGACCGCUGGCAGGCAGAAAAACGACCAUUCAAUACCGGAUAAUGUUUGGGAAGAAUUAGAGGAUAAUGAAAUAAAUCCGUCAAUCAGGCAUGAAUAUGACAUCAUUUCUCGUCAACUUCUGCUUGUGAAAGACGCUGAAGUUCAUGGCAGCGGCCUGUACUCCUGUGGCUUCGAUAAGGAACAAUCCGAAGGCAUAAAUCUUGUUGUUCAACCUGUUGAGGCGGUGGUGAGCAUCUCUGCGACGCCAUUGGCUGUGCAGGGAGGGGAGCUGCUGCUUUCCUGCCGUGUGAUUGGCCAGCAGGGCGAGGUAACAUUUUUACACAACGGGACCGAGAUUCAAAACACCGCGGGUGAUGAAAUGGUGCCGACCGAUGGUGAUGGUGGUGGUGGUGACCCGCGUCUCUUCACCACCACUCACCAGCUGCUUCUGCUCAACAUCACGUCUGCUCAUUCUGGUGUCUAUACUUGCCGGACUCAAGCAUCACCAGGCCGAAGUAUAGAAGUGUUGGUUCACGAAGUCUUGGUGGAGUUCAGUUCGGUUGGUAAAGCGCCAGCUGCGUGGAGCGGAGAUUCUGUGGUAUUCCGGUGCCAGGUGCAGGGACCAGAAUUACCUUACUUGGAGGUGGAGCUUCUGCACAACGGCUCACCCGUGGGACUGCUGGUGGACAACGACCCUCAGACGCCAGCAAAAAACUCCCCUUGUGUGGCUGGCACAGAGCAGCCACCUUCCGACGAUAGUAUUUAUGACCAAAAUCAAAUGCCCCACGACGCAUCCAAUCAAAUACUGGAUGCAAAUGGCAGCUGCAUCCACGCGUCAUCCACCGUGCAGUGGAGCUACCACCAGACAGUGGAGCCGGUGGAUGAGGGAUCAGCGGGAGUUUGGGGAUGCUUGGCCAGAUGGAACGGCAUUGAGUGGAUGGCCAACGAGUUCGUCAACUUGACAGUUUAUGUGGCGCCUGUGAUCGUGUCAUCACCCGGGCCCAGUUUGGUGGUGACGAAGGGGCAAGUUGUGGUGCUGGAGUGUGCAUCGUCAGGUUCCCCUGCACCACACGUCACCUGGACCUCACAUCAUCGUCCCAACACCGUCCUUGCAGACGGUGUGGGCCAGGCAACGUUGAUUUUGGACCCGGCCACUGAAGAUGAUCUGUACGACUGCGCGGCUACCGUGUUGAACAUCACCGUCAAAUCUUCUACUCAACUCAAAGUGGUUAUGGAUCAUGACUUUGAAAAUGUCCUGCAAGAUUUGCCCACCACCCAAGCGCCUGAUUUCAGAAACAGCCAACUUCUUCCCACAACGCCACCCAUUAGGUUUACUGAAGAAGAAAUAUUCGAGUUGACGUCAGAAGUUCCUAUUUCAACUAAGUUUCCUUAUACGUCCAGUGCAGAUGUGUCGGAAGACUCUGUAAACGUCACGACAUUACCAAUUUUCGUCGUGACGACCCAAGUUUCUGUCUCUACAGAGUCAGCUGCUCCAGAGAACUGGCCCGAGCACAGCGGUGAAUACGAUUAUACGGACGAUGCUCUCACUGAGACCCCUGAAGUAUCGACUUCGCAUUGGGAGCCCCCAACCACGUCCCCUGACACGAUGGCCACCACGGAAGAACUUUUAUCGUCGUCAUCGCAACCAACAUCCACGAGGACUACUGCGAACAUAACUACUACAACAAUUCCUUCCAUUUCUACUCCUUCCUUCCCGUUCACGCCUAGCACUUCACCACCAGAUAUGUUUUAUACUUUACCACCUGUAAUGUCUUCUACUCCAUUGCCUGACAUAUCUUCUACUUCUGAAAGUGAGGUUAUGUCUCAAAAAGAGAGCAUAGAAGUCCCUGAUUUAAACGAAGACUUCGUUGGAUUCAUCGUGAAUGAGACGGAAAUUCAGCAGCAUUUCAUCCGCAUAGAUAAAACCCAAAAUGUCGACUUGCAUUGCUCUCCGUAUUCCGUGCUCUCAGAGGUCACGUGGGCUCAGAGUCCGGUAGAGAGUGACGCCAGCGAGAUCCUCUUCAUAGGCUCCAUUGACCUGGCCGGCAUUGAAGGAAUGACCGUCACGGAGGCUGGUCAUCUCGUGAUAAGGGCCAGCGCUCUCAGCGACCUCCUGCCUAAAACAUUCACGUGCUUUGUUAUUAAUGUGGAGACGUGGGAAGAUGUGCCCAUACACAGCUACACUGUGUCUCUCAUAGAAGACAUCCCCACUACCGAGUUCUCCCCAACACUGGUCCCCCCGACCAGCCCCGCUCCCCCCGAACCUGCGGUGCCAGAAUUUGUCUUCGUCGCGGGCAACACGGCGCGAGCUCGGGAUUCUGCCUCGAUAUUGCUUGAUCACAAGCACGUAGAAAACUUGAAGAUCGAAGCCCAGGAAUGCUUGAGCGGCGCUGUCGAGUCUUGGAUUGGUUCCGAUGAAGUGAUGCUGAAUGCCUGUGGGCUGGGUUGGGUGGCGCUGAAGCACGUGCUCCUGCGACGUCCGUUGCUCGUCGUCAUCGAGUUCCAUAGAAUCAUCAGGGAUCAGGAGAGAAUCCACUACUUACCGGCUGUGCUGCUAUACCUACACGCCGGAGACGGACGACUCUUCUCAGCCGUUGCAGCGGAAAAGACGCUCAGAGAUUACGUGGACGAUGACGUGAAGAGGUCGUCAGCGCCGCAGUUUUUGUUGACCCUCAACGAGGGCUUGGACUGCGUGCUGAGUCCCUCAUGCCGCAGCCCUCAAACUCCGACCCUCGACGCCCUCACAUCCGCAGUACCGAGCGCCGGUACUCAGAGUCACCGACACGCGAGAUCUCCCGAUCAAGAUCUGAUCGAUCUCAGCCUCACGAAUGAGGAGAUCGGUCGCAGAUCUCUCGGCCGCGGCGAAAAUCUGAUCGAUCUUGGCCUCACAAAAGGUGUGGUCGAUCAGCGAUCUCUCGGUCGAAGUUCACGAGGUCUGAUCGAUCAGAGAUCUUUCGGUCGAAGUUCACGAGGUUUGAUCGAUCAGAGAUCUUUCGGUCGAAGUUCACGAGGUUUGAUCGAUCAGAGAUCUUUCGGUCGAAGUUCACGAGGUUUGAUCGAUCAGAGAUCUCUCGGUAGAAGUUCACGAAGUCUGACCCAUCUCGAUCUCGCAAAUGGCGUAAUUGGUCAGACAUCUUCGAGAUCUGCUUUCCGAACUCAACGAGAUGGUACAAUCGAUUAAAAAUAUCAAAGUUAUAUGAUGAAUGAGUAGCAAAAAUCUUCAUGUUGAAUUUUU